CUCGGAAACUAUUCUGAAGCGUCGGUUUCAUGCGCGCAGGUCCCGCCAAUGAAAGGCCACGUCACCCACAGAAGCUCUCAGUGGGACGACUCGGUUAACUUUUAACGGCAUUUUCCUCCAAAACCGCCCCUCGUCACACGGAAUCUGUUGGCGUUAAGAGGUCUCAUCCUUGUUCCCGAUCCAUUUCGUUCCCAAUCUCAGAUCCAGAGAGAGAGAGAGGGAGACGGGAGAUCUGAAAGAGAGAGAGAGAGAGAGAGGAGGAAGAUGCACGGCAGGGGGUACACGCGGGUGGAGAAGGGGGAGGAAGGCGACUUGGAGGCUGGGUGGGGCCCGCUGCACCCGGGCCUCUCCCGCGGCGAGUCCGAGCUCCGAUGGGGCUUCGUCCGCAAGGUCUACGGCAUCCUCGCCACCCAGAUCCUGCUCACCACCGCCGUCUCUGCCGCCACUGUCCUCCAUCCGUCCGUCAACGCCGCCCUCGCCGCCAGCCCCGGCCUCGCGAUUGUCCUCGCCAUCCUCCCUCUCGUCCUGUUGUGCCCCUUAUAUCAUUAUCGACAGAAACACCCACUAAAUUUCAUGUUUCUUGGCCUUUUCACUGUGUGCCUGAGCUUAAGCAUUGGCGUGGCUUGUGCCAAUACCCAAGGAAGGAUUGUGCUUGAGGCAUUGAUUUUGACCUCUGCUGUUGUUGCGUCCUUGACUGGCUAUACUUUCUGGGCAUCCAGGAAGGGCAAGGACUUCAGCUAUCUUGGACCAUUUGUAUUUUCUGGUCUCAUCAUUCUUCUCGUGACCAGCUUGAUACAGAUAUUCUUCCCACUUGGACCAACAUCUGUUGCUAUCUUUGGUGGGUUCGGGGCCCUUAUUUUCUCAGCUUUCAUCAUCUAUGACACAGACAACUUGAUCAAGCGCUACACUUAUGAUGAUUACAUUUGGGCAUCUAUCAAUCUCUACCUUGACAUUCUCAACUUGUUCCUUUCCAUUUUGAACAUGCUGAGAAGCAUGCAGUCAGAUAAUUAGAGUCAAAUGGUAGCUUUUAUGAAUUGCUUGCUACUCUCUAGUGAUGUUUCUCAACUAAGAUAUUUACCAUGCAACUGUUGUGCUGUUAAAGAAGUUUGACUGAUCAAGGCGUCUGUUGAAGUCCAAUUGUAUCAUUAUAUGAUGUACUUCAAGUUGCUUGCUGUAAGUUUGUCACUGUGGGAUGGUUGAAAGCUAUUGAUCAACUAGCUUGUCAAUGUAUUUAUACUCUCUUUAAGAUCUUUGCUGUUGCAUGUA